UCAUUUUCACGUGAAAAAAGGUUAUUAUGCUCCGUUAACAAUGAAAGGUACUUUAUUAAUAAACAAUGUUUUAGCAAGUUGUUUUGCAAAUGUUAACAAUCAUCAUUUAGCACAAUAUUAUAUGGCACCUUUUCGUUAUUAUUAUAAAUUUGCUCGAUUUAUGUCUUUAUAUGAUCCAUUUAAUAUUAACAAAACUGACGGUUUAUAUCGGACAGUUAAUAUUAUGCUUUACUUUGCACGCUAUUUUAAAUCUGAUGCAUUAUGUUUAUGA